CGUGUCGAUUUGAACAGGUUGAUCAGAGCGGAUAUUGGACAUCAUUAACUGUGGACAUCGAUGGACAAGGGUCAGUUGUUGUUGACAAUUGAAACACAACUUAAACUUUAUACGGUGCAGUAUUGACUAUGUUUUGUUUUUCUGUUCAAUAAGCAUUUAGAUCAUUUUCGCUGGGAGGUUUUAAUUGUGCAUCAGUCUCGACUAUAGAACGUCAUGACAAGUGGUGGAGAGGCGAGGGUAUUAGAGUAAAACAGCGGAUUAAUGCUGAACAAUUCAUCGGAUCGUUUGAAAUAUAAAAUCGAACUAAUCAAAGAAAUGGGAUAUUUCUGUCGGUCGUUUGCUUAAGUUAUAAAAAUACAUUUCAAAUUUUCAAGUGAAAGUGGAAUUUGGGAAGAUUAAAUCCAAGUACUUUAUUUUAAUUUAUAACGCGCCAUUGCGGUCGAGACAGGAGUAAAACAUUUGAAGACGGAAAUACCAAAGUUAUAGAAGCCAGUGAAAUUCUUGCUUUAGAAAGACAUUCCUAUGAUUGGAUCUGUUGAUUUAUUUUAUGUGUGUGUUUAUUUUUUUCCCAAAAUCAACGAGACACAUAUUUAAUGGGAAGAACUGAUUUAGUGAUUAAUUUCGAACUAUUUGGAACUUUCUGCCGUUAAAUAAUUCCUGAUUCUGGAUUUAUUUUUAAAAAAAUAUCGACAAAUCUGUGAAAUCAUCUUUAUACUGAUACAGGUUUAACGAAGGCCUAUAGAAUAAUCCCAUGAUGAUACAAUAAAAUGACGUCAUUGAUUUUCUACAAAAUGCCAGGAAUAGUAUUAUAUAUGGUUCUUGCUACCUGUGGCUGUUCCUUUGCCCUCCCUCCUACACCAAUAUUUCAACAAGAUGGUGACAUAGAUAUAGUGUGUUUGUUUGAUAUACACGAACGUCAGAUGGAAGGAAAAUGUCAGGAUUUCAACAAAGGAACAAUGGAAAUGGCCUACACAGCUUUGUGGAAAUGGCAGGAAUUAAAUAAAACAUCGCCGAUUACAUCCAUAGGUUUAAGAGUUUAUGAUUUAUGUGGUUCUGAUAAAAAAGCGAUAGAAAUCUUGAGUGAAUAUAUCAACAACAACAACAGUAGACUAGGAGGUGUGAUUAGCUAUACUGGAAAAGAGCCAACUAACGUCAUUUCUGAGAUGUUACGUCAUCUGUAUGUACCUCACGUAAAGUUUACACCUGACGUCAUGACAAAUAUUGAUGACGUUUUUGACAAUCGAAUGACGGUAUCAUUAGCCUCAGAAAGGAGAGUCGAGGCAGCAGUCGAUGCUUUAGGUGUUUUAAACUGGACGUAUGUGGACGUCAUCACACUCAACAACACAGGGGCCAUUUCUGAACAAGAUUACUUCCUCCAGCUCUUAAAACCUACCAAAGUCUGUGUACACCAUCGUCAGAUUUUAAACCCAGAUUCCCUGGAUACCCUACAGUUGCCUGAAUCCGUGCCUAAAGGAAUUGUAUUAUUUACGGGAGAUGUACUGACACGGCGCAUGUUCACCGACGUCGAUAAAAGUUUCUUCAAUAAAGUUUUAAUCGUUGGUGGCAUCUCAAAUGUAGAUCUAAGUCAAACGUUAUUCAGUAAAGAUUUAAUCAUAUUAGUGGAACAUUUUACAGAAAUUCAGCAACUCUCCGAUUUUAUAGCUCAGCAGCAAUCACGUUUGAAUAAUUCAUCAUAUGGGGCAGACAUGUUUUUAUCCGAUUUCGAAUGUGACGUCAAUAUUACUGCCAGCGUUAAUAUGACGCCAGAGAUGUGCGCUUUACCUUCUAUGACGUCACGUAGUUUGCAUGCUACGUCAGAUUCAGUGUCCACCAUGUUUAAAUCACUUGUAACCUUGGUAACGACAAAUUGUACACGCGAUAUAAAGAGUUGUCUGCCCAUUUCUAUACGGGAUCUAUUACAAUAUCAUCGUAAUGGUGGACAGUCCGAAGAAUGGAAACCAUAUUUAGAAUUGGUAUCAUUAUCAAAUGGCCGAGUUGAAAAGGUUUUUGACACAGCAGCUGAUUUAUCACAGCUUUAUGGUAAUGUGAAAGUUGAAGGUCAUUUACCAGAGGUCAUGUAUACCAGUUAUUGUAAAGAGAAUUGUUUAACGUGUUCAGUUUGUUCGGCUCAAUUUACAUCUAAUGAACAAAUCAUUCUACAACCAGCUGAUAUCUUUAUAGUCGGUACCUUCCCAAUAUACACAUCAACUUCCGUUACUACAUGCGCAACACCCAAUCCACCUGGACUCCAGGCAGCACGCGCAUUCCUGUCGGCCAUUGAUAGUUUUAAAAACAGAUAUAAUGAUACCAUAUCGCUCCAGAACAUAACCAUCGGAGGCGUGGUCUUCGAUUCGUGUUCACAUUCCACAAACCCUGAUGUUCGAGUCACAGAUAUUGAAUCCUGUAUAUACGAUUUUCAAGACGCCUCUGGUUCAAGGGUAAAUCUACCUCCUGUGAGAACUGCAGCGUAUUUUAAUUUUCAUGAGAAUAUUGAUCACGUGACAGUACAAUCGAAUCCCAAACUGUCUACAUCGGUUUCAUCUCUUGGAGUUGGAUUAGAACGCCACAUUUAUAAACAUUAUUCCGACGCACUGACCAAAGUUUUACAUAAAAUCAAAUGGACUUAUUUUAAAAUUAUUCAUUCGACGAAUACGGCAUUGCGACAGUUAGUAAAAGAAUUCAUUACCAGUACCAACAUUGGCGAUUUAUGUAUAGCUGACGUCAUCGAAAUAGGACCUGGCGUUGAUGACUAUUUACCCCAGACGACUCUUUUGAACAAAGAUGGCGUCGGUACUCUUCUGUUUACCACAUCAGACGACACUGCUAAAAUAUUAGAUUCCAUUCAAUCCUUGAAUAACUCCGCCACUAAACAGAAACUGUUCAUAUUCCCCUGGAACAUCCAGGCUUUAAUUGACAUCAAACGACCAGAAUUCCUUGAAAAUGCUCUGCUGCUUAGACCCAAGAAUUGGCCAAUCACCGUCAUCGACGAUACUUUGAACGAUGACGUCAUACCAUGGCUACCGGAUUUCGAUUCCAAGAGCAAUAUUACUUUAAGUAAGGAAAUGGAAUCGUCUGUUAUUGUCGGGGUUGACCUGCUUCUUUCAACCAUCAACGCCGUCUAUCGGGAGCUUUGUACAAAACAAAAUGGCGUCUGUGGAGAGUUUUCUGACUAUCAAGAUUUAAAGCCACGCCUUGAAUCAACGUUUGAGAUGUUGUUAUCUGGAAUGGAGUCGCCGUUUGAGAUCCAUGAUUACAGAAUGGUGGAUGAUCUUCUGGAUACAGUUCAGAUUGGAACGAUCGAUAUCGGAGGGGAGGUAACUCUAGCUUUAUCUCUGGAAAACACUACAAGGCACACUAUGAUAGAUAUAUCAGCUAGUACCUGUACAGCUUGGUGUCCAAAAUGUUACACCUGUAAAGACGGUCAAACAACAAUCAAAGAUCUACUUUAUUUACCUGGAGAUAUCCUAAUUACAGGUAUUCUACCUGUACACGUCACAGGCACGUCAUCGUUUGAAUGUGGGGAGAUGUCAGAAGACACAUUUUUAAGUCAAUCUGUGGAAGCUUUCAUGUACGCGGUGGAAAGUUCCCAGACCCGAUACCCUUAUUUAUUAAAUAACGUAAAAAUAGGGGCUGUUAUCCUCGAUUAUUGUUCCAACCCAUAUAAAGCUAUCCAGAUGGUCGGGAAUUAUGAAAGUUGUGGAAUCCUAUUUAAUGAAACUGGGUCUCUUCCACCGUCACCUCGAACUAAUCUCGGCUACGUUGUUCAUGGUGACAAUCACACAAUGGACCCAGUAGCCGAGUCUAUUAAAGACUUGAACAAACUAGUCGUGACCACAUAUAAAUCACCAACAGAUGCAAGCAUCAUCAGCGGAGACGCGGGAAACGGUCCUAAAAGUGCGGCCAUUGUGGAUUUAUUACUGAAGUUAAACUGGACCUAUAUUUAUUUGGUGACGACGGAUUCUGACGAAUACAAAGGCGCCGCCGAUACGUUUUUAAAGAUAGCGUCUAACCGCGGUGUAUGUGUUGGCAAGAUCUUAGCUCUGGAUAACAGUGUAAAAUCUAUAGUCGAGAUUUCCCAGUAUCUUGAGUCAAGUGCUAAAGCGGUAGUCAUGAUGACGAGUAGGAUGAGUGUGAAGCUGUUCUUUACAUCACGUGACCAGAGAUCAACCGUUAGACCUUGGAUUAUAGAUAUAACUGGUGAUGAUUGGAAUUCGGAUGACUUAACGGAUCUCCAGCUUCCACAGGGUUCAAUACUCAUAGAUAAACAAGGCAAAUCGAACUCUGGAUUUGAAAACUAUAUGUCCAACUUUAAUAUCAAUCUACCGGAAGUGAACGACUGGUGGCGGACAUAUUGGUCGUUCAAAUAUGGCUGCCGUCAACCGGAAGUGGACGGCUCUGAUGAAUCUAAUUGCGAUUUUACUGUUCAACCUUACAUAGAUCGACCAUUUUCACCCCAAGCAGCUAGAAUCAUCCGGUCCGUUGAUGUCGCAUUGCAUGCCAUCCACUCCCAGUACCUUCAGUCAUGUCCCUUGAUGCCUGGCGUGUGUUCUAACUUUGUGAAUUCUGGAAUGUCAUCCAUUCCCUCUAGUGUUGUUGAUGUGUAUUUUCAAGAUGGCGACGAAAGGGUUGAAUUUGUGGAGGAAGGCCAACUUGUUCAGAAAUAUCUGAUAAAAACGCACAGUUCUAAUCAGCAAUUUGAGGUGGGUGUGUGGCGAGAUGGAGUGAUUACUCUACAAGGCUCGUUCUUCAAGUAUUUCCCGUCAUCUUACUGUUGUCAAAACUGCCAGUGUGAAAAUACCAUUCAUUUUACCAAUACCACAGCAGCACCAACAGACAACGGACCAAGAUAUAUUUACUGGAAAACGACAGGGGUGUUUAACGGAAGGUUGUGGGCGACUGUACUUGUCGCAAUCGCAACCACAGGGGCAUUUGUUUCUCUUAUUUUGACCGUUUAUGUUGUCCACAAAGUAUGCAACCGAACGCUAGCUCGGCGGUAUGUGGGUUUGGGGAUUCUGCUUCUAUUGGGGGUCAUGCUUUUAUUUUUAUCGGUCGUGCCGUUCGUAAUUACACCAUCAGAAGCCACGUGUGGGUUGCGCUACGUCAUGCCUGGGUGUGCCUACGCUUUCUCCUUUGCUAUAAUUCUGGUUAAACUAACAUCGUUGAGAGAUUAUCGUCUGCUAGGAUUGGGCGGGGAGGUCUCGAACUUAAAUCAGUAUAUGUUCGUCUUGUUUAUCACGGGCGUACAAGUAGCCAUCGCCGUUCAAUGGUGGACGUUACGGUCGCCGUUAGUCAUUACCAGUACGAGUAACGUGGGCGUUAUUUACGCCUGCGUAUUCGACCAAGCGGAGUUCGUGCUGCAUCAUUCAUACGUCAUGAUGCUGAUCGUCACCAGUGCUGUUUACGCCAUCAGCGUCAGACAGGAGACCAAAAACAUGGGAGAAGCACGAUUGUUGUUAUGGUGCUGUUGGUUGUGUGUGCCUGUGUGGGUAGCCUGGGUCAUCGUCUUCCUGAUACAAGAUCGAGACUAUUCGGAACCUACAGCCUGUGUGGCCAUCGUCUCGUGUGCCACUCUCAUGUUAACGGUCAUCUUCAUCCCUAAAAUACACAUGGUCGCUAAAAUAAAAUACAGCAUUUCCAAGGGCAGUAGCAGCUUCCAUAAUGGCUAUAAACUAGAUGCUGAGUUUCUAUAUGAACGACCCUAUUCCUUGCCCGGUACGCUAACAACUAACUAUUCUACCAUGAAGACUCACCCACGCAGCAUCUCAAACUUUGACGCCUCUCUCAGUUACUGAACCAAAAACAUUUGGAUAGAUAAAACGCCCAGAAUCAUUUAGAUCGAUAAAAAACGACAAAAAAAUCAUAAUCGGCAUUUUCAAGUUUUAUUACGUUGAUUCAGAUCGCGCUGGGGAUGAACUUCCGGUCUAAUCACGUGCCUGUUGUAGUUUCGAUUAGUGUAUUUAUAAGCACGUGACCAUUUAUAUUGUUUUGGGUGUGUAUUAUUUCAUCCAUACCACCAAUAACUGCAUGUCAUAUCUUCGAAUAAUUAGAACUUAGAAAUACAAGAUGAGUGAAUGUGUUUAGGUGGAAGGAAGAGGUAAUUCAUUGUUAUUUAUGGCGACACAUAGAAUAGUUUAUAUAAUAUAGUGGAUCACCGAACUUAGAGUUACUGGUUACUCGACAAACUGGUUUACAAGAUGAGUCAAUGUGUGUAGGUGGAAGGGGGAGGUAAUUCAUUGUUAGAAAAGUUUAUAUAAUAUAGUGAGUGGAUCACUGAACUUGUGAUCAACUGGAUAAUUAGAGUUACCUGGUACGUUGUCAUGGUAACUGGAUAGACUGGCGUAAGGUAAGCGGGGGUUUUUGUGUAGACGAUAUGAUAGACCAAACAACAGGUACUUUUGUAUGUUAAUUAUUCAUCCUAAGGUAAUUAGCAAAAACUUGUAGACGGUGAAUCCCACAGGUGGGUGUUUUGUGAAGAAUUGUGACUAGCCACGGUCAAGGUCGCAACUAACCGACGAUGAGAAGAUAUACGGUAGGGAUGAAAGUAGAAUACUGGUUGCUAUGGAAUACAGAACCUGAUGCGUUGUUGCCAUAGAAAUGUGUUGUGUGCGGAAACAAAUAUGUAGAACACGAGUGUUUACUGUAAAUUCGACCUUUAUCAGUUUCUGUAAAUUCGACCUUUAUCAGUUUCUUGCAUGAAUUUUAAAUCAUAGCUUUUGCUAGGUCUCUCAAGUUAAUGUUUUGCUUCGGAUAUACUGCUUAGGGAAACAAUGACGCCAUUUGCAUGUGAUGACUCUAAUAUAUGUGAUGGCCAUGACGUCAUUAGUAUGUGAUGUAUUCUAAAUGAACGAUGCUAUUUUCUGUGAUAAUUUAAUUAUGUUUUAUGAUAUCAUUAGCAUGUGACGACGUCAUUAGCAUGUGACGACGUCAUUAGCACGUGACGACGUCAUUAGCAUGUGACGAUGUGAUUUGAACGUGAUUAUAAGUAAGUGAUGUUAUGUGAUGAUGGAAUGUGACGAUUGAUGACGUCAUGCAUGUGACAUGAUAUGUGUUUUGUGGAUGAAAGAACGGACACUUGCUACUGUGAUGUCUGUGAUACGUUUAGGCCAGAUUUAAAUUUAUCCGAGCACAAGGUAAAUGUCUUUUUUUAAGUGUGGUAUUUCAUUUAUUAAUAGUUCAUAAUGUUUAUUAUCAAGUCCAGCAAGACAAGAGUAGAUUUAGAGAACGCUAGAAUAAAUAUUAGAUUAAUCCUCUUUUGUGACUGUAUUAGAGUGAAUAUAAAUUAUUCUGUAAUUUUACCUUAAUUAUAAAAUUUUGGAGCUAGGUGUAAAUAUAAAUUAAAUUUUCAAAUGGUUUUAUUUUCACAUCUUGCAGGUAAAGUACACAGAGCCACCUGUCUGAAUUAACGACUCUUUUAAUUAAAAGUUAUAUUAUAAAUAUAUUAAGUCGUAUUUUAAAUAUCUGUAUACAGCUUUGUGCUUGCUUGGCUUAACUUUAGCUUUUUUUUGACCAGUUUUAUUUUGUUUAGCUUGUAAUUUGCUUUUUGUGUAAAUCUAAACUAAAACUGUGGCUCGUGGGUUUAUUUUAUCUUUCAGAGUAUCUGGUACUUGAAGACAGAAAUUGAGACGACGUUUAAUGGUUUGAUUUAAUCGGCACCUGGAAUGUUUAGGCCUACACCCGGAAUGUUUAGGCCUACACCUGGAAUGUUUAGGCCUACACCCGGAAUGUUUAGGCCUACACCUGGAAUGUUUAGGCCUAUACCUAGAAUGUUUAGGCCUAUACCUGGUAUGGGAAAGAGAAGAGAAAUACAAUUACAACAUUUUGAGCUUGGCCUCCAUUUUAAUCAACAGCACGAUAUUAACUUAUUAUCUAUGGGUGACUUGUCUCAUACUUAGCAUAAUAUAUACCAUAUAUAUUGUCCAGGUGAUCAUGAUGUAGGUAGUUUUAAAAGUUAUAUACUAAAGUCAAUAUCCCAAUAAGCCAUAGAACAAUAAAGGCUGUGUUCAGUCACCGCCAUCUUCCCACCCCCGGUAAAAUUAAUCUAAGAAUCUUUUGAUCAAAAAGUUCUAGUUAUAAAUUUCUAAAAAAAAAUAAUAAUAAUAAAAAAACAACCUGUGAAGGAGAAGGGACGUUUUGCGGUGAGUUAUUGUCGAGAAGGUCACAGUUUAGAAGAUUUCCGAUUAUAAAUUGUACCCUUUCUGAUUUGUCUCCAGACCCCUACCUUAAUAAAAAUCAAGAGAUCGAACGAAUUGUACCCUUUUUAUUGUUUAUUCAGCAUUUAUCAGUUAGCUCAGAACAGUAGGACGUUAAACCUCAUUUCAUUUGUAUUAUUUUUAUUUAUGUAUAAAAUAACGUUAUUAUUCGCGUCGCUGUGCCUUUAAAUAGAGUUACUUCCCUUGAAUCACAGUCAUCUUCAAUAACAGCAUUUGUCAUUCGUACGGGACGACAACCGAGGUCUCGUGUACGUAAAAGAUCACAUGUCAGUUUUAAUUCGAUGAUGACUAGGCGGAGACGGCGCUGUCUGGGCAAAAUGUUCACCACAGCAUACUGCAUGACGUAGCCUGUGACCGUUUUCAUUAUCCCGAUCGGUUCAGAAAACUAGAAUGUUAAACUCUAUUUCAUUUCAUUUUAUUUAUUCACAAAACACAGGAAUAUAUUCAGUAAAUAGAUGUACUAACACACGAUUCAUCACGUGGGCAUUCUCCGUAAUCAUAGUAAAUACGUACUGAUGACGUAGUAAGGUGCGCAUUAUUGUGCACGUAAAUGACACUCGGCAAACCUCGGCAGAUUCCAGUACACCACAUCUAACCUCGACUGUAUGACGAAGUCCGCCAUUGAAACUACUUUCAAGUUCCCGAACUACCAACGGCGUUGCCAUGGACGACGCCUUUGAAGAAUGUUUAUCAUAUUUCAAAGUCUAAAGCGGUUUUUCUUUCAAGUUUAUCCGAUUUUCUUCAAACAAGGACAACUUUGCACUAAAAAUUCUACACACGCUUCGAACGACGCAAUUUUAAUAACUUAUUUUUUGAAAGCGGCAAGCUUUACUAAUAAGUAAACCGGUGCCGCAUCGCAAUUGUAUAGGCGUAGGUACAUAUCACUUACCGUCAUACAGCCGAGGCUAGAUGUAGAGUAUCGGAACCUGCCGAGGUUUGCCGAGUGCAUUUUAUAUAUGGUACACGUAUAUAGAUAAAGAUUUUGUUAUAGUUUUUGUGAGUAUGUAAAUAAUGUGUAAAUAAGAUAAUUUAUACUGACUUGUAUAUAAACAUAUGUAAUAUAUAUAAUUUUAUAUAAAUACACGGAU